AACUUUGUAGUGCCUAUAUAGUAUUGAUCAAUAUGAAUCUUUUACGUGGAAAGGUGGAAGGCGACAAGUUGUUUUUUGCCGUUGGCAAUCAUAUGUUCCCCAAGAGCCGAUACAGUAUAGGAUUACAGCUCAUUGAUCAUAUCGCUAGGAAAGCUAAAAGUCGCUGGUUUUUAGAUAAGAAUUCUUUCGCACACGUCACUAUGGUAGGAACGAGCAUUUUAGCACGUCCCAUAACAUAUAUUGUAAAGGAAAACUAUCGCUCGCUAGAUGCACUGAUAAAAAACUACAAACUCAAACUCGACAAUAUCACUGUUUUAACCUAUUCAUCGAAGAUGCAGCUAGGAAGUGCUAAACUGGUAUUUGGCAGUAGUACACAUGAACAUGAUGCACUCCAACCUAUUAGUGAAUGUCUUCAAACAGAAGAUUAUAAAUGUCUAGAAAUCGGUACCAUGCAGCCAGAUUAUCUUUUUUACGAUCCAGAUGUCUUGACGUCCCACGACAUCCAACGAGCUGAAAUUCAACAAUUUUUUCUAGCCAACAAAUUCAAUGAAGAUGAACAAUUCGCAUUAGAACAGUUUUUGCUCUCAAAAAUAGAGGAAACAUUAGAUUCGACGAACCAAGAAAAAGGCUGUUCUUAUACCUACCACCAGGUCAUGAAGACUGUAGAAAAACUGAGACUUAAACAAAGCAUAACAAAUUAAGAACAGAAUCAACGCGAUAAACUAGCUUGAUACAGAACAAAUGAGCAUAUAGAAAAAAAUAAUCUAAGGCUUGACAAGCUGCAUGCCGUCAUUUAGACAAAACAGGUCUGAAAUGCGAAGAUACUUGGAUCACGAAAAGAAGUGGGAUAUUAAUAGAGAUGCAGAAUUAUAAAUUCUUUUAUAAUGUUCCAAUUAAAAAAGACGGUUUUCUGUACUGUAUAAUGAAUAUUUCCCCAACA